AUGGCAUCUCAGGAAAUGGUGUUUGGUGCUGGUGAUUACGUGGUUUUUGCUCUGGUGCUGCUCGUGUCUGCAGGAAUUGGAAUUUUCCAUGCAUUUUUCGGACACAAGCAAAACACAACGGGGGAAUUUCUCAUGGGUGGAAGACAGAUGAAGACUGUACCCCUCGCCAUUUCCAUCCUAGUGUCCUUCAUGUCCGCCAUCUUGAUUCUGGGAACUCCAGCCGAGAUGUACCGAGAAGGGACGCAGUACUACCUAGACACGUUCGGCUUAACUAUAGCCAUUGUUGUGUCUGCAGUGCUAGAGGGUAGAAACGUGACAAGGUUUGAUGGAUUGUGGACCUCCUUCAUAUUGCAGGGAACGUAUGCUGUCGGCGGGUUAAGUGAGGUGUGGAGAAUCAACGAAGAGUGGGGUAGGAUUCAGUUCUUUGACUUCAACCCCGACCCUACUGUGCGCCAGUCUUUCUGGUCACUGGUCAUCGGAACAGCCAUAGCCUGGUCCUACACAUACGGGCUGAGCCAGGUCACUGUCCAGCGGUACUGCGCGCUGCCCACGCUGCGACAGGCCAGACUAUCGGUGAUCCUAAACAUUGGCGGGGUCAUUCUGAUGAAUACCUCUGUGUGUCUGGCGGGGAUCAUCAUAUUCGCCUACUACGCCCAGAAAGGAUGUGAUCCCUUGUCAGAUAGCAAAGUCAGCAACCCGAACCAACUGGUGCCUUACUUCGUGAUGGAAGUGCUUGGUUAUCCUGGCCUCCCGGGACUCUUCAUGUCGAGUCUCUUCAGUGGUGCACUCAGCACCAUGUCGUCGUGUCUCAAUGCUCUGUCUGCCGUAUGUUGGGAGGAUUUCAUCAAACCAGUCCUGGGAGACAGACUCACAGAAGCUCAGGAGACACUCAUCACCAAGCUGCUCGUGCUGUUUUUUGGCGCCGCGGGUAUUGGUGUGUCUUUUAUGACCAUGCACCUGGGUGGAACAAUAUUACAGGUGUCUCUCAGCUUCACGGGUGCAGCAUCUGGCCCGAUACUCGGCAUGUUCAUCCUCGGUGCGUUCUUCCCGUGGGCCAACUGGAUUGGUGCAGUGGUCGGCGGUGUCCUGGGAUUGGUGUUCCCUCUCUGGAUCUCUAUAGGGGCUUACACCGUUGUAGGAACACCGUCUAGCCUUGAGUACCCCACGCACAACUGCAGCGUCCCCAACAGCACCAUCUCCAUGGCGACAACAAUGUCCUCAAACCUAACAACAGUUCAAGCUCCUGUCGAAUAG